UGCAACGUGCGUUUGUGCUGAAUCAGCGAUCGGACUAACGCCGGUUAGCGGUGCUGGUGAACCGAUUGGACGGACGUGGCGAAACAGCGAUCGAAACUGCUGACGUGACGGCAAAAAGGGCCAGCAUCAAACCUGCGAAUUUUCGGUUGCGAGCCCAGUCCGAAGGGUGUCCCUUGGGUGCGUGAUCGUUUCGUGCCGGCCGUGAACCACCAUUAGAAAAGAAUGGAGCUUAUCACAAACGUGCACCAGGGCUGGCGGUACCUGAUGGACGAGCUGUCGGAUCCACGGACGCGCGAUUGGCCCCUGAUGAGUUCGCCCUUUCCCACCAUCGCCAUCAGCCUGUGCUACGCAUACUUCGUCAAGGUCCUCGGUCCCCGGCUGAUGGAGAAUCGGAAGCCGUUCGAGCUGCGGAAGGUGCUGAUCGUGUACAACUUCUUGCAGGUCCUCUUCAGCACGUGGCUGUUCUAUGAGGCGUGCGUUUCCGGAUGGCUCGCCGGGUACAGCCUCCGCUGUCAACCGGUCGAUUACUCCCGCUCCCCGAUGGCCAUGAGGAUGGCACGCGGCUGCUGGUGGUACUACUUCUCCAAGUUCACCGAGUUCUUCGAUACCAUUUUCUUCGUGAUGAGAAAACGGUACGAUCAGGUGUCGACGCUGCACGUCAUCCAUCACGGCAUCAUGCCGGGUUCGGUCUGGUGGGGUGUCAAGUUUACGCCAGGAGGACAUAGUUCUUUCUUCGGUCUGUUGAACACGUUCGUGCACAUUAUCAUGUACGCCUACUACAUGCUGGCCGCGAUGGGACCGAAGGUACAGAAAUACCUCUGGUGGAAGAAAUACCUCACCGUGCUGCAGAUGGUCCAGUUCAUCCUGGUAAUGGGCCACGCAUUCCAGCUGCUUAUCUGGAACGAGUGCAACUACCCGAUCGCGUUCGCUUACUUCAUCGGUGCCCACGCCGUCAUGUUCUACUUCCUGUUCUCGAACUUCUACAAAAAGGCGUACACCGUGCGAAAACAGGCAAAGAAGGACAAGGCCGCACAGAUGGCGCUGACCAACGGCAACCUCGAGUCCGUACCCAACAAGAACAUCCCCAACGGGCACGGUAUCGGCAAGCCCGACUUCUACCAGACCAUCGACAAGACGAUGGAGGACAGCUAUUCGACCACGCGGCACCGUGCGUUCGUCGGGUUCGGCAGCAACUAGAGCGGACUGGUCGUAGGUCCGGCCCUCUGUCGCACGGUGAAUCCUGUGUUUUCCGGCUCACUCAACGACGUGGGCACCUUGGCCCAAAACCCGCCCAGCCAACGAACCCGAGAGCUUUUCCACGAGAAAGGACUCCUCGAGCCCGGAUCGCACUCCAUCGACUCGCUGCCAGUGAAUGACCGCCUGCUUGAAUACCUGCUGCACCUGAUGAUAGAUCGCGAGAACGUCGGCGCAUUACCACGUCUCGACGAUUCUUGUCGACUCCCUGCGGUGGAUGUUGGGCCAGCUUUGGGGUUCCCGGAGGAGGAGCAGUGACAACCAAGCGUUAGACUUUAACUAAGCCGUCGAGCAGGACGAUAGGUGUUAGGUGAUAAGGCCAAACGUAGCGGUAGAUACAUUUAACGUUAAGCCUGUUAAGUAAGCCACCGCGUAAUGUGGAACGGUUGCCGUCCAGGGUAACCGUUGUGGUGUAUUUUCAAAGAUUUCUCGUACUGUAAACGUAGGGCCGCUACUGUUUGCAGCUCGCCCAUUCGGUUUCGCACUCCCAGGGGACGUGUUGAUCGAAUAGGCGGGUUGUUUCAACCGCCUGUAAAUUAUUUAGAACACAAUGCCAGGCUCGCCGGCGUACUCACAGUGUAGGGCGGAUUUGUCGCCACGCGUGCGCAUAGUUGCGAUCUAAGCGAUGCUUUCGAUAACCGAACAUAAUCCUCCCUUUCAUUAGCUGGUAACGUAUGGUUUUGCAAUCAACGAUAAUUAAUGAGUAUUGCGAAUAGCUUUGCUUUUUCAAAACCGGUAUUGGUAGUAAAUAAAUACGUGAAAAAAAAGGUUCUGUACUUUAAGAAAACAAUAAUAAACGCACAUCUUUUCCAUGUGCAU